AUGGCCUUCCCGGCACCACACGAGACGGUCCAGCUGCCCCUGCCCGACCCGGAAGCGUACCCCGGAGAACCUCGCGAGUAUGCUCGCGCUUUGAUGCAGCGCAAGGACGAGAUUGAGGGGGAAAUUGAUGCUCUCAAAGAGGUGCUCACAUCACAUGGUGCAUCCACAGACACUUCGCUUGUCGACCCCGAGGGGUACCCUCGCGGUGACAUUGAUGUCUAUGCCAUCCGUCACGCUCGCAGUGCUCUCGCACGGCUCUACAACGAUCGCACAGAAGUGACCCGGAGACUGGCCACCGCUCUGGAAGCGGCGUUUUCAUCCCCCGACGACUCGUCUUCGUUCCAGGCUCCUUCUGCUCAAGCUGCGGCUCAAACACCACCUUCCUCGGCGUCCUCCACUUCGCGCCCUGCGGUCAACGGCCAUCAUGACUCGUCGCUGAACCUCCCCGACACCUGGCCAGACCGUGCAGUUGCACGCGUCAACUCCGUGGCUCCCAGCAGCCCGGCUGCGGCGGCUGGAUUGGAGGCCAGUGACCUCAUCUACUCGUUUUCGGGCAUCACCGCCAGCAAUGCCAAUGCGAUGCAAGCUAUUGGAUCUACCGUGGCUGCCUCCGAGGGUCAGCCUCUGACGUUGCUCGUUACUCGGGCAUCGGAACGCAAGAUGCUCCGCCUCACUCCUCGGAGUGGUUGGGGAGGACGGGGCUUGCUUGGCUGCCAUAUCCUUCCCGUAUAG